CGCCGCCAUGGCCGCCUUCUCCAUGGAGGUCUUCGACAAUGAGGUGGUGCCGUCCUCGCUCAGCAGCAUCGCCCCCAUCCUGCGCGUCGCCGCCGAGAUCGAGCCCGAGCGCCCCCGCGUCGCCUACCUCUGUCGGUUCUAUGCCUUCGAGAAGGCGCACAGGCUGGAUCAAAACUCUGUUGGUCGUGGCGUUCGGCAGUUCAAAACGUCCCUGCUUCAGCGCUUAGAGAAGGAUAAUAGCCCGAGUCUCGCAAAGCGAUUGAAGAAAACUGAUGCCCGCGAAAUUGAGAGUUUCUAUCAAGAAUACUAUGAGAAUUAUGUCCGCACCCUCGACAAAGGGGAACAAGCCGACAGGACUCAACUUGGGAAGGCCUACCAAACGGCUGGAGUCCUCUUCGAGGUGCUCUGUGCCGUCAACAAGAAUGAGAAGGUUGAGCAAGUUAACCCCGAGAUUAUGCGCUGGCACACUGAGGUGCAAGAAAAGAAAGACAUCUACGCACCGUUCAAUAUUCUGCCUCUCGAUGCGGCCAGUGCAUCCCAGUCCAUCAUGCAGCUGGAGGAGAUAAAAGCAGCAGUCGCAGCUCUGCGGUACACACGGGGUUUGACCUGGCCUUCUGCAUUUGAGCCGGAAAGGCAGAAGGGGGGUGAGCUCGAUUUGCUCGAUUGGUUGAGAGCUAUGUUUGGCUUUCAGCGGGACAGUGUCAGGAAUCAACGGGAGCAUUUGAUUCUUCUCCUCGCUAAUGUGCACAUUAGACUUGAGCCAAAGCCUGAACCACUUAGCAAGCUAGAUGACCGAGCUGUUGAUGUAGUGAUGAACAAGUUGUUCAACAACUACAAGAAGUGGUGCAAAUUUUUGUCACGGAAACAUAGUUUGAGAAAUCCUCCAGGUGCUCAAUUACAGGAAGUUCAGCAACGCAGAAUUCUGUACCUAGGUCUUUAUCUUCUUAUCUGGGGCGAAUCAGCAAAUAUCCGGUUUAUGCCAGAGUGUCUUUGCUACAUUUUUCACAAUGUAAUUUGCACAUUCUUUAUUAUCAUAUCAAGUACCAAAUCUCAUUGCAAAAAUAUAUCUUUGAAUGAUUCUUCUCAAUGUGUUCAGAUGGCAUAUGAGUUGCAUGGGUUGCUUGCUGGAAAUGUUAGUAUUGUGACUGGUGAAAAUAUCAGGCCAUCUUAUGGUGGGGAUGAGGAGGCUUUCUUAAAGAAAGUGGUCACACCUAUCUAUCGUGUCAUCAGAAAGGAGGCAGGAAAAAGCCAACAUGGAAAGACUGCACAUUCAGCAUGGUGUAAUUAUGAUGAUCUAAAUGAGUACUUCUGGACACCUGAUUGUUUCUCACUGGGAUGGCCAAUGCGAGAUGAUGGUGACUUCUUCAAAUCCGUGCACGAUUCAAGGCCUGUAGCAGUGGCUGGAAGCUCCUCACCAAAGGGUUCUAGUAAAGGCACAGGCAAGACAAAUUUUGUAGAGACAAGAUCGUUUUGGCACAUCUUUCGUAGUUUUGACCGAAUGUGGACCUUCUAUCUGUUGGCUCUACAGGCAAUGUUGAUUUUUGCUUGGAGCGAAUAUUCAGUGACUCAAAUCCUUCAGAAGGACCUCUUAUAUUCUCUAUCAAGCAUAUUUGUCACAGCAGCAUUUUUACAGUUCCUCCAAAGUAUUUUAGACUUUAUUCUGAACUUUCCUGGCCACAUUAGAUGCAAGUUCAUUGACGUCGUGAGAAAUAUUCUGAAGAUAGUAGUUAGUGCCGCGUGGGCUGUGAUUCUUCCCAUUUUCUACAUCAGCAGUCAAACAAAAGUCAAUUUACCACUGAAAAAUCUGGACAGAUGGUUUGGUUAUGUGAAAGGAGUGCCACAACUAUAUAUCCUGGCUGUGGCGGUGUACCUGAUACCUAAUAUGAUUAGUGCAACGCUCUUCCUGUUUCCGAUGUUUCGAAGGUGGAUAGAGAGCUCGGAUUGGCAUAUUGUUAGACUACUACUGUGGUGGUCUCAGAAACGAAUUUAUGUUGGCCGUGGAAUGCAUGAAAGUCAAGCUGCUCUUCUGAAGUACACAUUAUUUUGGAUUUUGCUGCUAUGUGCGAAGCUUUCCUUCAGUUACUUUGUCCAGAUACAACCUCUUAUAAGGCCUACCAAGGAUAUAAUGAGUGUUCAUAACAUUCGUUAUGAGUGGCAUGAGUUUUUUCCAAACGCAUCAUAUAAUAUCGCUGCUAUCCUAUCCCUCUGGGCCCCUGUUCUGUUGGUCUAUUUGAUGGAUACACAGAUAUGGUAUGCCAUUUUCUCUACAAUAUCCGGCGGUAUGUCUGGGGCACUUGGACGACUUGGGGAGAUUCGAACACUAGGAAUGCUGAGAUCACGAUUUCACUCUUUGCCUGGAGCCUUCAAUACAUAUUUGGUGCCAUCAGACAAAGGCAGAAACAGACGUUUUUCACUCGCAAAGCGCUUCGCAGAGGUUUCCCCCAACAAGAGAACUGAAGCUGCCAAGUUUGCUCAACUGUGGAAUGAAGUGAUUUGCAGUUUCCGCGACGAAGAUUUUAUAAGUGAUAAGGAGAUGGACCUAUUGGUGGUUCCAUACUCAUCAGACCCGAGCUUAAAAUUGAUGCAGUGGCCGUUGUUCUUGCUUGCUAGCAAGAUACCUAUAGCUUUAGACAUGGCAGCACAAUUUAGACCAAGAGACAGUGAUUUGUGGAAGCGUAUAUGUGCAGACGAGUAUAUGAAGUGCGCUGUAAUUGAAUGCUACGAGUCAUUCAAACUUGUUCUUAAUUUAGUGGUGGUUGGAGAAAAUGAAAAGAGGAUUAUUGGCAUUAUAAUCAAAGAGAUUGAAGCUAACAUCGCAAAGAAUACAUUCCUUGCCAAUUUUAGGAUGAGCGCAUUGCCAGUCCUUUGCAAGAAGUUUGUGGAGCUUGUAUCCACCUUGAAAGAAAGAGACGCCUCAAAAUUUGAUAAUGUAGUGCUAUUGCUUCAAGACAUGCUGGAAGUGAUCACGAGGGAUAUGAUGGUCAAUGAGAUCAAAGAACUGGCUGAAUUUGGUCAUGGGAACAAGGAUUUAGUUCCAAGAAGACAACUUUUUGCGGGCACAGGCACAAAACCUGCAAUUGUUUUCCCACCACCAAUUUCUGCGCAGUGGGAAGAACAAAUUAAGCGCUUGUACCUGCUUUUGACUGUUAAAGAAUCAGCAAUGGAUGUGCCUACAAAUCUUGAAGCCCGCCGGAGAAUAUCAUUUUUCACUAAUUCGCUAUUCAUGGAGAUGCCACGUGCGCCUAGAGUGCGCAAAAUGCUCUCUUUCAGUGUAAUGACACCAUACUACAGUGAGGAAACUGUAUAUUCAAGAAACGACCUUGAUCUGGAGAAUGAGGAUGGUGUAUCAAUUAUAUUCUACCUGCAGAAGAUCUUUCCAGAUGAAUGGGAUAAUUUCAUGGAAAGGAUUGAUUGCAAAAGAGAAACUGAAGUUUGGGGAAAUGAAGAAAAUGUUCUUCAACUUCGUCAUUGGGCCUCUCUUAGAGGGCAGACACUCUGUCGAACAGUGAGAGGCAUGAUGUAUUACAGGAAAGCUUUGAAGCUUCAAGCAUUCCUAGACAUGGCUUCUGAAUCUGAGAUACUAGAAGGCUAUAAAGCCAUUGCAGAUCCCGCAGAGGAAGAGAAGAAAAGCCAAAGAUCUCUGUCUUCUCAGCUUGAAGCUAUAGCAGAUAUGAAAUUCACAUAUGUUGCUACGUGCCAGAUCUAUGGAAAUCAGAAACAGUCGGGUGAUCGACACGCAACAGAUAUACUGAACUUGAUGGUGAAUUAUCCUGGUCUCCGCGUGGCAUACAUUGAUGAAGUUGAAGAGAGGGAUGGUGAGAAGGUGCAAAAGGUCUUCUAUUCGGUGCUAGUAAAAGCUCUUGACAAUCACGAUCAGGAAAUAUACCGCAUAAAAUUGCCAGGGCCAGCGAAACUAGGUGAAGGGAAACCUGAAAACCAAAAUCACGCGAUCAUUUUUACCCGCGGAGAAGCUUUGCAAACCAUUGAUAUGAACCAGGACAAUUAUUUGGAGGAAGCUUUGAAAAUGCGGAAUUUGCUGGAAGAAUUCAAUGAGAACCAUGGUAUUCGUCCUCCAACAAUUCUUGGAGUACGUGAACACAUAUUCACCGGAAGUGUGUCAUCUCUUGCCUGGUUUAUGUCAAACCAGGAAACCAGCUUUGUCACAAUAGGACAGAGGGUUCUUGCCAAUCCAUUGAAGGUACGUUUUCACUAUGGACAUCCUGAUGUGUUUGAUAGGAUUUUUCACAUUACAAGAGGUGGAAUUAGCAAGGCUUCCUGUGGUAUAAACUUAAGUGAAGACAUUUUUGCUGGUUUCAACUCAACUCUGAGGCGAGGAAAUGUCACCCAUCACGAGUACAUUCAAGUCGGAAAAGGACGUGAUGUUGGGUUGAAUCAAAUUUCACUCUUUGAGGCCAAAGUGGCGUGUGGCAAUGGAGAACAAGUGCUUAGCAGAGAUAUCUACCGUUUGGGCCACCGCUUUGACUUCUUCCGAAUGCUCUCAUGUUACUUCACAACUGUGGGAUUUUAUGUCAGCUCAAUGAUGGUUGUCAUAAUAGUAUAUGUUUUCUUGUAUGGGAGGCUUUAUUUAGCCUUAAGUGGACUUGAGUUUGCAAUUAUGAAGCAAGCACGAAUGAGAGGCAACCGUGCUCUUGAGGCAGCCAUGGGGUCCCAAUCUAUUGUGCAGCUAGGUCUUUUGAUGGCCUUACCCAUGUUUAUGGAGAUCGGACUGGAAAGGGGUUUUAGAAGCGCCCUGGGGGAUUUCAUCAUCAUGCAGCUACAGCUAUGUGCAGUAUUCUUUACCUUUUCCCUCGGGACAAAAUCACAUUAUUUUGGCCGCACAAUCCUCCAUGGUGGUGCAAAAUAUAGAGCAACUGGCAGAGGCUUUGUUGUUCGCCAUGUAAAGUUCGCUGAAAAUUACAGAAUGUAUAGCAGGAGUCACUUUGUGAAAGGACUUGAGCUCAUGUUACUACUUGUAGUGUAUGAGCUCUAUGGUGAUGUGGCUACCGAUUCCACUGCCUAUGUUCUGCUGACAUCAUCUAUGUGGUUCUUGGUAAUCACAUGGUUGUUUGCUCCUUUCCUCUUCAACCCAUCCGGAUUUGAAUGGCAAAAGGUGGUGGAUGAUUGGGAUGAUUGGAACAAAUGGAUAAGCAGCCGUGGUGGGAUUGGUGUGCCGGCCAAUAAGGCCUGGGAGUCGUGGUGGGAAGAGGAGCAGGAACAUCUGCUGUCAACAGGCAUAAUCGGCCGCAUAUGGGAAAUCAUAUUAUCUCUCCGAUUCUUCAUGUUUCAGUAUGGUAUCAUGUACCAUCUGAAUAUCUCUAAUGGCAACAAAAGCAUAUCAAUUUAUGGUCUGUCUUGGCUGGUCACUGUAGCAGUGGUGUUAGUCCUCAAGGUGGUAUCUAUGGGAAGAAAGAAAUUUAGUGCUGACUUCCAGCUUAUGUUCCGGCUCCUCAAAUUGUUCUUGUUCAUUGGAUCUGUUGGAACUUUGGCGAUUCUUUUCACCCUUCUGCACCUUACAGUUGGUGACAUAUUCGCCAGCUUCCUUGCCUUUGCACCCACAGGAUGGGCCAUUCUGCAGAUAUCACAGGCAAGCAAGCCAGUGGUGAAGGCUUUUGGUCUGUGGGGAUCUGUGAAGGCCUUGUCCAGGGGGUACGAGUACCUUAUGGGGAUCGUGAUCUUCGUGCCAGUGGCGGUUCUGGCAUGGUUCCCUUUUGUCUCGGAGUUCCAGACGAGGCUGCUAUUCAACCAGGCAUUCUCCCGAGGCCUCCAAAUCUCUCGCAUUUUGGCUGGCGGAAAGAAGCAAAACUGAGGCGAGUCUAGGAGAUGGAGUUCCAUCACAGUAACCACACAGGGUAGACGGAGGCAGAAAUUAGCUGGAGGUUCGUUGUUGGAGGGGGGCAUCAUAUGGCUGCUAACAUACUGACACUUUCAGAAGUUUCUUAGUCUUGUACACACAGGGCGGUUUUUCUUAGGCAUUUUCCAUGUAUAUCUCAUGCUAAUACACUCUUACCUCUGAUACUAGAUUGUACGUCGCUUGUAUAGAUAGGUACAUGCCCCCACAACAGUUGCGACAAAACAUUACGGUGCUUUUAGAGGCAAAGAUGAAACAGAUUUUUGUGCAUGAAGCAACAAAACAGUUCGGUCUUUCUAGAUUGAGAGAUCAAAUUGAUUUUUGUGCA